AUGUCAGUGCUCGAAACCUUUGAGACCAGGAGGAUUUGUACUUCAUGUGCAGAAGAAUUGCCCAAGGAGCAGUUUUCCGGCUCACAAUGGCGAAAGGAGAGUUCACGCUGUAAAAACUGCAUCCGCACGACAAAGAAUCCUCCAAAGAUCACAGACUCAAGGCUUCUGGACUUUGUGGAAGAGUGCCAAAGGGCAAAGGAGCAGUACAAGCAAUCGCAAACUCAUGUCGUGAGCGAAAUUACUCCCUGGCUGUGCCUUGGCGGUGCAUUGCAAGAUGGUGCAUGGCAGCUGGAGAAGACAACCCAUGGGAUUUGUGCAGCGUUGGAGCGAAAUGUUUCGCCAGUCAUGAAGAAGCUCGAGCAUUUGCUGAUCCUCAACCUUGAGGACAAAGGAAGCGAAGCAGAAUGUCUUACAGCCUUCAAGAUUGCAGUGGCAUUUGCUCAAAAAGCCUUGGAGGAACCUGAAUGCAAGAUCUACGUGUUCUGUGCACUGGGUUGCAACCGCUCUGCCAUCAUUGUCAUGGCACUUCUCAUGGCCGUUGAAGGCCUUACUUUGGACGUCGCCCUGAAGUUGGUUCGUGAGAAGCGACCCGCAAUCAGACCGAAGUACAUGCGGGUACUGGCCGACUUUGAAAUUGAACUUGGACGAGAGUGCUCUCGACCAGAGUUUUUGGAAGCUCCAGACUCAAAGUCAAUUGGGGCUUUGUUCUGA